UGAAAAUUCCGCAUCAAUCUUUCGCCGAAAAUUUUGUUUCCUCACUAAUUCUUAAUUCCGUGCUAUGGAGGGACUGAAAGACGAGCGUCCCAGGCUCUAGGGCGCGCCAUGGUGGCCGUGUUUCUCUCUCUGCCAUUUCUUCAGUGUUUCUUUCUCUACAACUCCAUGAGCCUGCUGUUGAGAAUAAGAUUUCUGGCGACCCCAUAUCAUUUUCGGGCAACGAUUCCGGCCAAAUUUCCUGCUUCAUCGGCCCUGGUAAGAGGUAUAUGCCAUUUUUUUGGUGAAAAUUCGCUACUCCUCACCGAAAAACGUUCUUCAAGAUUAGCCAUAAACUGCCAUGAAAAGAAAUUACAGAACGAUCUCCAAAGCCUGUUAGGGUUCAUGGAUAAACCUAAACUCGCCCUAAAUUUCUUUAAUAUCAUCGAAAUCCCCAAACCUAUCCUUGUGAUUGUCACCAUUGUUCAUAUACUGGUUCUUGGGAAACUCUUCAAGCCUGCAAAAUCUAUAUUCAUUCAAUUUAUAUCCAAUUCUCACAGUGAUUUUUCCUCGGUUUUUUACUUAUUUUUUGAGAAUUUCUUAGAUUGGGAUUCAAGGCAUGUAGCAUGUAGCAUGGUGCUUGAAUGGCUGGUACAAAGUGGACGGGUUUCUGAUGCAAUUAGGGUUUUUCCCCAAAUUAAAGAUUACAGCCUUAAACCCACUGUAAUUGCCUUCAAUUCUAUUCUUUGUGAAUUGCUUAAGGAUAAUCGUAUAGCUGAUUUUUGGGAUAUUUAUCGAGAAAUGAAUGAAUUUGGAGUUUCAGGAGAUGCUUAUACCUUUAACAUUAUUAUUAAUGGAUUCUUGAGAAUGGGUUUAGUAUCUGAAGCUAUUGAUGUUGUUAAAAAGAUCGAAUUUGAGAGAAAACCGAUUGAUGUUGUUGUUUAUAACUCUUUAAUUGAUGGGCUUUGUAAGAAUAAUGAGUUAAAACUGGCUGAAAUGGUGUUUGGGGAGAUGGUCGAGAAGGGUAUUUUGCCUGAUGUGUACACUUACAAUGUUAUGAUAAAUGGGUUCUGCAGAGAGGGUUUCUUUGAUGAUGCUCUCUCACUCUUUGAAGAAAUGCGUGAAAGAAAUAUAAAUAGAAAUUUGGUUACAUAUAACACUAUGAUUGUUAGGCUUUGCAAGAGGUUGCUGGUUACAAGAGCUGAAGAGAUAUUUAGAGAAAUGAGAAGUGAAAGUUUAGCUCCUGAUCUGAUAACGUACAAUGCUCUUAUUGAUGGCAACUGUAGAAUGGGUAAUCUAAAAAGGGCAUUGGAGUUAAGGAAAGAAAUGGGUAAAGCUAACAUCUCCCUGGACAUUGAUACAUAUUUGUCUUUAAUCAGUGAGCUUUGUAAGCAAGGGGAAUUGUGGAAUGAGAAGGCAUUUUUUAGGGGAAUUCAAGCCAUUGGGCUUCCUCCUAUUGCUAGUGUCUUUAACAAUUUGAUAGACAAUCUGUGCAAUCAUGGGCGACUUGCUGAUGCUCUCACUCUCUACAAAAGAAUGAUGAAGAUGGGUUUUUCUCCUGAUAUUAGAGCUGGUGCUCAAAUUUUGACUGCUCUUCUCGGACAAAACAUGUUAGUAGAAACUCGAGAAGUUCUCUGUCAAGUCUUCAAGAGGAAUGUUUUUGGUGAUUCUAAUGGAGAUCAUAAUUCUUGGAAGCACCAUUCUAGCAAAGAAGUUAAGGAUGCAUCUCACCUUGAUUCUGAGUGUUUAGAAAUGUAUGGUUCUCUUAUUUGUGCCAGUAAAUGUGCUUGUGAGAUUGCCAUUAAUGGAUUUUGCGAAAUGGGUUUCCUUGACGAGGCUCUUUAUCUUCUAAGUCUUAUGGAGAUUAGUGGAAAUCACCUAGACAUGCCCUAUUAUAAUGUGUUAUUGGAUAGUCUUUGCAAACAGGGAGAUUGUGAAAGGGCCAAGCUUGUUUUCAAUGGGUUAACAAACCAAGGUUUAGAACCAAAUGCACAAGUGUACAACAUUUUAGUGAAUGGAUAUUGUAAAAGUGGCCUUAUGGAUGAUGCCCUCUCACUCUAUCACAAACUCUAUGAGAAAAACCUUGCCCUGGACUUAAUCACCUGUAACACUUUCUUAAGUGUGCUCUGCAAAAACUCUCAGGUCCACAAAGCAAAUGAAGUUCUUCUCAAAGUGGUGGAGAAAGGCAUGGUCCCUAAUGUUAUUUCUUAUAAUAUUCUCAUUGAUGGGUAUUGCCAAAUGGGCAAUAUAGGGCUAGCAUGUAAAUUAAGAGAGGAGAUGGAGGGCGCUGGUAUAUUACCCAACUCUCAGACUUAUGGCUCCCUGGUUAAUGGUUUUUGCCGAGUUGGUAGUCUUUUGAAUGCUGAGAAUCUUUUAUUGGAGAUGAGGGAUAAAGGAUUGGCGCCUAAUGGAGUUAUCUUUAAUACUCUUAUAAAUGGAUACUGUAAUGAGGGGAAGGUGGAGGAAGCUCUUGCUUCGUGCUCCGAGAUGGUUAGAGAGGGAAUUCACCCUGAUAUGUUCACUUAUAAUGAGAUAUUGUCUGGUAUUUGCAAGAGAGAUAUGUUGCCUUUGGCCGAGCAAAUACUGGCAGAGAUGUUUAAGAAUGGAUUUCUUCCUGAUUCCUUCACAUAUAUUGCAAUAAUCACCAAAUUUUGCAAGGAAAAAAGGGUUGAUCUUAGAAAAAUAUAUAGGGAAAUGUGUAGUUCGGGUGUUUACCCGGACUUGAUCACUUGCAACAUUAUAAUCAAAAGUCUGUGCAGUGAUGGGUUCUUCUUUGAAGCUCUUGAAUUUCUUGAGCAGAUUGAAGCUGAUGGCCAGAGUUUGGAUAAGGUUACAUAUGGUACAAUCAUUAAUGGCUUGUGCAAGAAUGGAAACCUUGCAAAAGCUGGAGAGAUUUUCGCAGAGAUGAGAGAGAAAGGAUUAUCUACUGAGACUUACAUAUACAACAUUUUGAUGGAUGGGUAUUGCAAAAAGGGCCUUUUGGAUGAAGCUCUCACUCUUUUUGAUGAAAUGCUUUGUGAAAGUAAUGCUCCUGACUUGGUGACCUAUAGUACCCUGAUAUGUGGGUUUUGUAAGAAAUCAAUGAUGCAGAAAGCUAGUGAGAUGUUCUGUAAGAUGACUAAAGAUGGCAUAAGUCCUGAUUUGAUAUGUUACACUGCUUUGAUCAACGGGUUAUGCAAGGAAGGCAUGGUAGGGAGGGCUUUGUCUCUCCUUGAUAAAAUGGUGAGUCAAGGGGUGCAGCCCGAUUCCUAUAUCCUUAGUGCGCUUGUCUUUGGUCUUUGUAGGAAUGGGAUGAUACAAGAGGCUGAAAACAUUUUUGGGGAAAUUAUGGACAUGGGAAUGGUACCAAGCAGCUCUGCAUAUAAUACUUUAAUUGGUGAGUUGUCUAGAAAAGGCUUACUAGAACGAGCUUUUGAUAUUCGGCAUCGGGUUCUGGAAAGAGGAGUUUUGCCUGAGGCCCAAUCAUAUAUUCCCAUUGUCCGGGCUUUUAGGCAAGGGGUGAUAUUUGGAAGAAGUCAUGGUUCAUGAGAUGUGUUAAUUGAAAGUAUCACUGUAACUCUAGCACGGGCUCCGGUGUCCCCGUAAGAGCUCUGUAUUGGGUUUAUGGAACCUGAAAGAGAAAUUUACGGCAUUGUUACUGUUUCCGUGCUGGGCAGGCUCUCUCAUGCAGGACAACCUGUAUAAGUGGUAUCUCCACUCUUCAUGUGCGUGGUUUCGCUGAUCCUUGCAUCCUCCAACUUCCUUGCAUCCUGUACUCUUCUUAUCGAUAUGCUUAUCUCUACUUCUUUGAUUCUUUCCAAUCCAAAUGGCUAAGAUUAUUGCGAGAUUCAAUUUGUGCAUUGUAGAGUUAUAUUCCUAUCUUCAUGUGAAUAUCUGAAAUUUUCGGACAGUAUUCAAGUUUCCUAGUUUGGAUAUCACUAAAUUGUUCGUUGUAUUGAGAUUGUUUUUGUCCAAUUGCUUUUGCUACAGGCUUUAAGCCCUUUAUUUCAA